AUGAAUAACCUUAGAGAACUGGAUAACGGACUACAGCAGGAGUGGAUUGCUGUCCCCCAGAACAUUAUUUACAGACUUAUCGGGUCGAUGAAAAGACGUUGCAUGGCUUCUGAUCGAAUAUCCGCCAACGCCAUAAUCAAGCCAUACAACAAAACAAUGAAUUCCACUUGGUUGGGGCUUGUUCUUAGCACGACUGAAAGCCUGUUUAACAACGAUACAGAAGAAGAAGAAGAAGAAGACAAAAAUGAAAGGUUUCACUUUCAAAUUCAAGGGAAGACUUAUAUGACGUUUAUGCUGGUCAUCGCGUCACUGGGAGUCGUGGGGAACGCAAUGUCCUUCAUCCUGAUGUCUGACGAAAAACUUAGAUCACUUGCAUAUUCGGUUUACUUAAGAUGGAUGGCGGUGUCAGACAGCUUGUUACUUAUGAUGGUUACUACUGAGGAUACUUUGGACACAUACAAUUAUCUGCAAAGGUUUUUAGUCUCUCACGUGACUCUCUGUAAGAUGUGGACCUUUUUUCUAGCCAUGACCUACACACUGUCUCCAUGGCUGGUCGUGGCCUUGACCCUCGACCGAUUUGUGUGUGUCAUUUUCCCUCUGUCUCGUUACAGGCUGUGCACAAAGUCAAAGGCUUUCAAACUGUGUUUGACAUUGACACUGAUUUCUGCAGCUCUUAACGUUGUCGCUUUGACUUACACUGAUAUCGAGGAUGACAAAUGCGAACAGUCUCAAAACCUGCACCUGUCUCGCUACAUGGUAUUCCAGCAGCUGUUUUUGAAUUCGAUUCUACCUUGUGUUGCAGUUCUGAUUCUAAACAUAGUCACAGUGAGUCGGAUUCGCCAAAGCGCGUAUUUUCGUCAGCAGUUUAAACGAAGCGGCGGAUCCGAAGCGACGAAAGAAAAAUAA